UAUCCCUCAAAAAGUUAAAAUAAAGAUCACGCCUUUUGUUUUGCCCAGUUCUAAAACAUUCUUUACUUCUGGACUUCUCCAGAAAUCCUUUUCUUCCUCCUCUCUUUUUCCUUCUUUCCCUUCCUCCACUUCAUUGAUAACUCCACCGAAACUUCAAAGCCCCGUUAAAAUUUCCCAAACCCAAGUUAUUAAUGAACAAGUAAUCAUCAAUAAGCAGAACACAUAUCCCAAGAUUGGAUUUUUGCACCAAAACGUUAACUAAUUAGUAGAAAAUAGCAACAUAAUGCAAUGCCCAAGUAAUGCUUUCCGGUAUAAUACAAGUUUUUGUGCUUGCAACCCUGGUUAUAUCUUCAAUGGAAGUAGAAGAAGCUGCCAACUGUUCUUGGGGUGGGAGCCGGUGGAGAUGCAGUCAGGGGUGGAUUACUCCAUUGGUUUCCCGAUGACCAUCUUCAAUUUUGACUCCAUUAAGAAGUUCACUCAAUCACAAGCUGUGUUUCUUGAGGCUACGCUUCUGAUGCUGCUGAGUUGGUUGUUGUUGUGCUUGAUUUUGCGCCUUGUGGGCCCUCUUGGCGACGGCCGCUCGCCGUGGUUCAGGAUCCGCUGGUGGAUUAGCCGCUUGGAUGUCUGCUUUGCCACCCGCCACUGGCUUGAUGACCAGAAGGUAGUUAUGAAGCGCAAAACAGAGCUUGGUGGAACCUUCUCGAUUGCAAGUUGGAUCCUUUUUAUUGGUCUGUUUGCUGCUUUGCUGUACCAUGUCAUAUCUAAGAGAAGUGUGGAAGUGCAUAGUGUUAGAGCAAUAAAUGCACCUGAUUUAACCUCUUUUGUGAAUGACAUGGAAUUUAAUAUCACAACUAUUUCUAGCAUGAGCUGUUCGAAUUUACGUGGGCUUGGGACAUUAGUUGCCGGGAAUCCAGGAACCCUUGAUUCUAAAGUUGCUCCACUCUCUAGCUUUGUCAACUUUUCUUGCCUGAAUACCAGUACAGGACCCACCAUCACCCUUCAGUGUAACAACUGCCAGAUUGUCCGAGGUGUUGCCUAUAUAUCAUGGCAAUUUGUUGAUCUCCCAAAUGAUCCUGCUACUGCUGUUGGAUACCAGUUCAAACUAACUGCUAAAAGGCAUGGUGAUAAGAAGCAUUUAAGCUCUGUCAGUGGAACAUUAAACAGUAAUAGCAAUGACCAGAGCAAACCAAUUACAUUUAGGGGGCCAGAGCCAAAUAUAUUGAAAUUCAAUCUAUUUCCUAGACAUUACCGUAAUAUGCAUGAUCUAAGGCUCAUCCAACCAUUAUUUCAUGAUUUCCUUCCGGGCUCAUCUUUUACUGAUAUCAGUCAACUUCGAGCUUCUCUUGAGAACUCCAAUGAUGGUUUGAUCAACACCACCCUGUAUGUCAAUUUUCUCUCUGACUAUAUUAUUGAGAUUGACAGCCAGAACACUGUGGGGCCUGUUAGCUUCUUGGCGGAUUUGGGUGGCCUUUAUUGCUUCAGUAUUGGCAUUUUCUUCUAUUUCUUGGUGCAAUUCGAAUACAGGAUCAAGAAGCUUCGACACGAGGAUAGUGUAAUGAGAAACAUCAGAAAUCGUCGAAAAGCUCAAGAACGUUGGGAUAAACUGAGGAAAUAUGUGAUGUAUACAUGGGGACGCAGCUCACUGGAUGACAGCCAUACAAACGUGGGAAAUGGAGGAUGCUGUAGCGGCAUUGCGGUGGAGUCUUUCCAGAAAAGCAAAUCAUCACAUAGAACAAGACAGCAUAAAAAUUUGGAGAUGAUCAGUUUUAGCAGAAACAGCAACCUACCUAGUCAUCAGCAAGCUGUUCCUGAAAUCAGCUAUGCUCAGGUUACUAAAUAUUCAACCAAGCCUACAUCAAACCUGGAAGAGAGAUCCUCAUAUUCCACUAGUGAACCCGAACGGAUAGGAUUUAAAGACGUAAAAAAUGUAAAACAUGAUUCAACUGUUGGUUCAAAUCUUGGAGAAGUCAACAAAGCAUUACCCCUUCUGGAUGGUUUAACUAUUCCGCCGCCUCCAGCUCUUGAAUCUAAUGCUUCCGGUGAUGUUAAUAUUGCUGACCUCCAAAAAAGUCUUCAAAAUAUGUACGAUUAUAAUGUCAUCCUGAGGGACAAAUUGGUCGCUGCCCAGUCAAUACUUCAUGCUUUAAGCGAAAAGAAGUCGUCUCCUUCACUGAGAAGUCGCUCAUAGUUUUCGCAUGUCUGCCCUAGUGAGAAAAAUCCGCUGCUGCUUGGAUUGCCAAUUCUCUGGAAUGUGUUUCAAGAAAUUCCAGAAUUAUGUGGAGUGAAACAAUUGUUGAACUGACACAAGAACAUGUGAAGCAUUUGAUGCUUGGAACUAUCUGCUCCAAUUGAAAUGCUGAUUUUGGUGCCAUAUUCUCUUGCGCUGAGAAGGAUGACACAAGGGAGUAAAACUGCUGUUAUGGGGUGAAGAUUGUUGUUGCAUGAUCUGUAUAUUACGUACAUAUAGUGCAGAUGAUAUUGAGGGAAUAGCUUAUUAGCUUAAUCCCUUGCAUCAUGAUAUUCUUUUACGGGUUUAUAGUGUAAAAUUGUUUCUUUUGGCUGAGCCAGAUCUUGAUAAGAGUUGAUGAAGGAGACGAGUUUUGCUCA